AUGUCUACUUUAUUUGGUGUAUGGAACGAUUGUGAUAUACAACUAUAUGAUGGAAUGCUUAAGAUAUUUUAUAACGGAACAUGGGGCACAGUUUGCGAUGACAGCUUUGACGAUAUUGAUGCGCAAGUAGCUUGUAGACAACUAGGAUACAACAAUGGUAUAUUCAUAGGAGUCAAAUAUAUAUCUUCCAAAGGAAAAAUAUGGCUUGACGAUGUUGAUUGCAGUGGAGCGGAAAAAAAACUGUCCCAUUGCACUCAUGCAGGAUGGGGUGUUGAAAAUUGUUUCCAGGGAGAAAAUGUAAAGAUUAAAUGCAAUAACGCUAGUGAAGGUGACUUACGAAAUUCUUCUGAUAAACUAGAGAUAUUGCACAACAAUGAAUGGGGCACAGUUUGUAGCAGCAACUUUAACCAAAUGGAGGCUAAGGUUGCUUGCAAGCAGCUUGGUUACAGAAAUGGAAGCGUUCUAGAAAAUACAAUUGCGACUGGCACAUCAAAAAUAUGGCUGAAUAUAUUGGCAUGUGAUGGAAACGAAAGUAAAUUAAUGGAUUGUUCCCAUUCUGAUUGGAAUACAGACACUUGCAGCCAUGGAAAUGUUGUUGGAAUUCGCUGUUCUGAAGGACAAGGUGAUGUACGUCUUAACUCUAGCAGACUUGAAAUAUUUUACAACGGAACAUGGGGAACAGUUUGUAAUUAUGCAUUUGACGACAGAGAUGCCAUUGUUGCUUGUCGGCAACUUGGAUACACGCUUGGGGAUCAGCAUGGAGGAGGACUUUAUUAUUAUGGAAAAACAUGGUUGAGCAAAGUAAACUGCACGGGAGGAGAAAGACAUUUAGCUUCGUGUCAACAUGCAACGUGGGGCAAAAAUGAUUGCACUUAUGGAGUUGUAAUAACUUGCAGUAACAAAACUUUUGAUUUAGGAGAUAUUAGAUUAACAUCUGGCAGACUUGAGAUUUUUCACGACUAUCAAUGGGGUACAGUCUAUUCUGGUAACUUUGAUGAUUAUGCUGCCACGGUAGCUUGUAGACAACUUGGGCACAGCUCUGGAAUAUCCUUAGGAAAUAUAGUACGUAAUGGCAGUGGAACGAUUUGGCUGGAUGAUAUAAAAUGCACAGGCGUAGAGAGUAAACUAACUGAUUGCGCUAUAGAAAAAUGGGGAACUACAUCUCGUUCUCAUGGAGAUGACGUAGGGAUUAGAUGCAGUAACGACAGUACAAUAGUUGCUGGUAGAUGGUUGUCAUGGGCAAGUUGGAGAGACUGUAGCAGGAGUUGUGGCAAUGGGAUUCAGACAAGAUCUAGAACAUGUAAUAAUCCAUCUCCGUCUAAUGGUGGUUUGACAUGCAAAGGUGAUACAUUGGAAGCACAACUUUGUAAUAAGAUGGCAUGUCCAGUUGUAAAUGGUAACUGGUCUGUGUGGACACAAUGGACGGACUGUAGCAUGAGUUGUGGUAACGGCUUUCAAACACGAUCCCGUAGAUGUAAUGAUUCAUCGAUGUCUAAUAUUCGUUUUUCAUGCCAUGGUGAUACAUUUGAGACACAGCGUUGUAAUAAGAUAGAAUGUCCAGUUGACGGAAGCUGGGGACACUGGUCAAUUUGGAAAACUUGCAACGUAACAUGUGGUGGAGGAACACAAUGGAGAUCUCGUCACUGUGAUAAUCCUUCCCCAUUGUAUGGUGGCUCUAAUUGUGGAACUGACAACUAUGAUUUCAACGACUGUAAUACUGACAAUUGUCCUGUUGACGGACGCUGGGGACUCUGGUCAAUUUGGAAUACUUGCAACGUAACAUGUGGUGGAGGAACACAAUGGAGAUCUCGUCACUGUGAUAAUCCUUCCCCAUUGUAUGGUGGCUCUCAUUGUGGAAUAGACAACUAUGAUUUCAACUACUGUAAUACUGAAAACUGUCCUGUUGACGGACGCUGGGGACUCUGGUCAAUUUGGAAUACUUGCAACGUAACAUGUGGUGGAGGAACACAAUGGAGAUCUCGUCACUGUGAUAAUCCUUCCCCAUUGUAUGGUGGCUCUCAUUGUGGAAUAGACAACUAUGAUUUCAACUACUGUAAUACUGAAAACUGUCCUGUUGACGGACGCUGGGGAAUCUGGUCAAUUUGGAAUACUUGCAACGUAACAUGUGGUGGAGGAACACAAUGGAGAUCUCGUCACUGUGAUAAUCCUUCCCCAUUGUAUGGUGGCUCUCAUUGUGGAAUAGACAACUAUGAUUUCAACUACUGUAAUACUGAAAACUGUCCUGGAUUGGAAUCCAGCGCAGAACGGAGUGGCCAGUAUUUUAGUCAUGUAGGUGUGGGUGCUGGAUGCAUUGUGGUAACUGUCGUGUGUGUGCUAGUGUGCAAAUAUGUUGCUUCGCGCAGAAGGACACAAAAUAAAGAUAACUCUUACACAACUACAUUGAGUACAGCCAGAACAGCAGAGAUACCAGGUCGAUCAGACGAUUGCGUCGUUUACCACAAUGAUGGCCAUGAUGAUGAUUAUAAAGAUGAAGGUCUGAUGUAUGAGACAAUAGAAUAAAACAAAUACACACACCAACUCUGGAUGAAGUAAUAUCAGUAGACUAUCAUACCACAUCUUCUUUUUUAUACUAAUGUAACAUACAUUAUUUCAAAUUGAACAUUGUUCGAGUUAACUUUUUUGUAAAAUCAAUUGAUAUGUUUUUUCAAAAAAAAAUUCUCGGAAAAUCUUAAAGCCGUUUGACUCAAUUCCCUUGAUUUUAAUUCACACCAGUGUUAUUUUUAAAAAGAGUCUUAAAGUCUGUUCUAAAAUUCACAUCAUAACUCCCUUAUAUUUGUAACUUUUGGGCAACAUAAUAAACAGACGAUAAUAAUAUAAAUAUUUAAAUGCCUAAAUAUCGGUAUGAUGCAAAUAUCUAAAAGAUUUAUUUUGUUAUCGUACUAAUGUAUGAGAAAGAUAUUUUUUACCAACACUGAAAUUUUUUCGGAAAUGUAUCGUUUGUCUUUGAGGUACACAUCAAUUCAUGUUGGUUGAGGAUAUACGAACAAUAUAUCGAAAACGUGUUAAAUAUAACAAUGCGGUCUUCAACAACAAGCGCUGCAUAUAUAUUUAUGUAUAAAUGAAAACAAAAACACUUUAUACAUUUAAGUAACAUUAAUGUUAAAUCCUUUCAAUAUCUAUCAUUAAGAAACUUUAUGAGUUUUAAAUUCCAGAAUAUUGAAAAAUCGGAUUAAAAUUCGGCCACUAAAAUCAAAUCGGAGGCAUUCGGUCCCAUUGCUUCAAAUCAAUUUAUGACGUUAUUUAUAUAUAUAUAUAUAUAUACAUGAUAUAAACAAUUUUAUAUUUGAAAACAUUUGACUUUUAAUUUAGAUUGAAAUAAUAUGAAGGCUGUAACAAAGACUUUUUCUGUAUGCAAUAGGGUAAAUGUGUAAUUUUAAUAUUUCAUUCUUUGCAAAUUACAUUGACUGUCACCAUUAAUGCACAAAAUGUAGAAAUCCUGGUUUGCAUAAGUUUUGAUAAUAAGUGUUCACAUUGUUACCCAGAGAAAACAAUGUCAACUCGGUACAACCAAAGUUGACAAUGCUUUUUCGAGUGGUACCAAUCUACUCUAUCACCCUCUCAGCUAUGUGUUAUUCAAUUUAUUAUACUGAAUGUCCUAUCAUUAUGGUCUUUUACAGAUUAAUUUUAUUUUAAAAGUAUUUUCUAUGACGUCACGUACAUAACAACGUUAAUACGAGUAUUAGAGAAAAAAAACUUAAGUUAAGCAAGAUGGUUUAUUUUUUUUAUUUUGACAGUCAAUUAAUAAAAUCUCAGCCAAAACGUAGAACAUAAGCAUUGUUUUUUUUUAAAUUACUUGAUGUAAAUUCAAUUCAUUGUCCUUUAAUUUAUCGAUUUUUGAUGGGUCUGGACAAGAGGGUAACAUUCCAAAAAAUUGUCACGCGCUAAAUCAUGUGAUAGAGUAAAUUAACACCCUCGUAUUUGCCAAUCAAAAUAUGGGAUUUAAACAUGAAGUAUAAUAAUGUCAAAUAUCAUAUGAUUUGAUAGAACCAAAACUAUUUUAUAAUGAGAAUUGUACAAUAUCAGUGUUUUUGUACGAUAAUUGUAUGUUAAAAACUGGAUAGUUAGUUGAUCUCGUAAUAAUUUUGAAAUUAAGAAAUGGAUAUAGUAUCAAUUAUUGUACAUAAUUUAAAUUUAAAUUAAUUUUUUUUUUAAAGUUUCCUUUGUUUUUAAACAAAUUAUAUUGUUUGGCUUUUUUGCUGUUCAUGCAUAUUUAUUAAUCUUAAUUUUUUUUCUUUAUUCUAUAAGAAUGUACCUGAUCAAAUACAUGUACAAGGAUACCAAACAAUCAAAUUAUUUCUUAAAGCAAAAUGUUAACUUAACUUUACUUGUUUUUGUACGACGAAUUGUUUGUUAAAAACUGGACAAUUAGUUUAUCUCGUAAUUGUUUUAAAACAAACUAAUGGAUAUCAUAUAUUUUCUAGUAUAUAAUUUUCAUUUAAUUUUGUAAUCUUUUUUUAAAGUUUGCUUUGUUUUUGAACAAAUUAUUUUGUUCGGCCUAUUUGCUGGUAUUGCAUAUAUUUUUAUUACCAUAUAUUUUUGUCAAUUGUAUAUAGAUAUGUCUGUUCAAAUACAAAGGUAGUAUAGGAAACAAGCCUUAUAUUUCUUGUAGUCUUAUAGAUCCCUCGUAGAAAUAUCUAAUAUAUUCAAGCUUUUUAAAACAUAUCAUAUGAGACGUUUUUUGUUAUCAAUUUUAAAAAAUAUUAUGCACAAUAAAUACAAGAGGCAAAGUAUGAAAAAGCAUUAAAUCAAUCAAUGAAUUUAUAUUUUGAGUCAAAGCAAUCUAAUAACAUUUAAACCACAAUGGAACUUAAAAAAUGUGUAAGUAAAUUAAAAAAAAACGGUUUUCUUUACUACAAGUCCAAUUAUAUCAUGCACACUCUGCCAAAAGAUGCUUUUAGAAACAUUAGUUAUUUUGUUAAUAAAUCCUAGUCUUUUUAGCAAUAGGAUAGUAGUCACUGUAAAGAGUCAGAAUGUCCACAGUAGAUAAAUAUUUUAGUGCGAAUAAUAGGAAGUAAAACCGUGCUGCAUUACCCUCUAUUUUUGAUUUUGUAGCAAUACUGUGGUUGUUUCUUUAUUUUUUUCUUAAUGAAAUAGAUACACUUCACGAAGUAAAACAUAUAUACUACUUUAUUUUUUAUGAUUUUUGUGAUUGUCACAAUUUUUGCAUAUCAUGUAGAUAUAUUUUUUUUAUUCUGCUUGUAAUCGCAAUGUUUAGUUUGCAAAAUUUUUGGUAUUUUAUGUUAUCACUAAAAUUGCAAUAUAUCACAUGCUUCGAUAGAAUCAGUAGGAGUUCAUAUUGAGAAUUAUAAAGCGACUGCAUGUUUGUCCAUGCAACUUAGUAUAAAAUAAAUGUUCAGUUGAUUUAGACUGUUUUAAAUUUAUUUAAUCUAUUUAAGUAAAAUUACAAAAAUACUAAACUCCGAGUACAAUUCUAAACGAAAAGUACCUAAUAAAAUGGAAAAAUCAGAUGAAAAAAAACAUCAAACGAAUGGACAACAACUGUCAUAUUCCUGACUAACUACAGGCAUUUUCAAAUGUAGAACUGAAAAAGGAUUAAACAACAAAUCAAGAUUUUGUGUAUUUUUUAUUGUUGUUAUGAUUAUGAUCAUUAUGUUUUUGUACGAGACUUGAUUUUUAAAACUAGAUAGUUGGUAAAUCUCGUGAUUAUUUGAAAAAUAACACUUGAAUAUGGCAUGAUAUCUUGGACAUAAUUUUUAUUCAAAUGUUUACCCUUAUUUUAAGUUUGCAUAUAAAUGUGCUUGAUUUGUAAACAAAUUUAUAAUGUUUGGCUUCAUUGCUGUUUAUGUAUAUUGUAUGAUCAUGUAUUUGUUUUUCCUACUUUUUUACAAAAAUUUGUCUGUUCAAAAUCAAAGGUACUAACCAAUCCCUAUAUUUUUUUAACCGAGAUGUAUAGUUGACAUAGAACAAGUAUCAAAUUGAUUUUAGUUGCUAGAACUGAAAAUACGCAUUUUAUAUGAUUUAAUUUUUUCAAACACACAAAACUAAAGCCACACAUAAAAAACAAUAUUCAUGCAAUUCAUUGUUUUAAAAUGUAUGAAUGACUUUUUUUCAAAAUUAAAGGAAAAUAAAAUGCAUGUCCCCGAAAAAUUUCUCCAGAUGGCUUUUUAAAAAUUUAUCAUAACUUGUUAUGUUUUUAUCGAGCAUGCAACAAAGUCAUCAAUGUCGAUAGCACACAGGUUCAUUUAAGUUUCUUAAAUAACAUUGUCACGCGUUCAGGAAUCUGAUGUGCAGAAUGGUCGUCUGUUUAUGUGGUUCAUAAGUGUUUCUCGUUUUGUAUAUAGCUUAGACCGUUGGUUUUCCCGUUUGAAUGGUUUUACACUAGUAAUUUUUGGGGCCCUUUAUAACUUGCUGUUUGGUGUGAGCCUAGGAUCCUUGUUGAAGACCGAACCUUGGCCUAUAAUGGUUUACUUUUAUAAAUUGUGACUGGAAUGGAGAGGUGUCUCAUUGGCACUCAUACCACAUCUUCUAAUAUCCAUUUAAUAUUGAAACUGUAGUUAAGUUUACUUUCUUGAAUGAUAAAAAAACAUAAUAACACAGCUCAAGGUGGUACUUAUUGUUUGGUUUUUUUUUGGUGAAUAUUUCUACAUUUGUCUGAGGAAGAGACUUUUUCAAAUAUAGAAAAUAAGUGAAACCAUCAUCAUGAUCAUAAACUCUAAAUUUUAAGAAAGCCUUUUUAUGAUUAAGGGAUAAAAUCUAAAGCAAAAUUUCUCAUUUCAAUAAUUUACUAAUAGAUUAUUUUAUUUUUUUGUAGUUAAGAAAUACAUAUAGUUUUGGUUGUUUAGAUAGACGAAAAUGCCUUUCUUCAACCUUUGUUGAAUUUUAAGAAAUCUAGACAUCGGCUUCUACAUGAUCAAUGAAUACCCUAUGUAAAAUGUUUUUAUUGUUUAAUUUUCUUCCGUAUUAAAUUAUAAAUUGACAGUUUUUUGCAGUCACCAUUACAUUUUUACACUCACUGCAGGAAUUGCAGGCGAGAUGUUUUGAUCCGUAGAACCCUUUCCGGUUCUUAAUUCAUUUCAACGAAGCGUUCUUAUGCCAACUCAUUUAAGGUACUUUUUAUAUUUUAAUACAUUAUUGCAUGCAUCUUUUCCUUCAUUAUUGCGAAACGAUGUUUGAAGAAAAAAGCUCGAAAUUAAUCGUGUAAUGUUUAUAUAUUUCAAAUGCUUAGAACUCUUUUAAUUAGAAUUUGUAUAUAUAUUUUUUUUAAAUGAAUUAAUUGAAUAGUUGCUUACCAUGCAUUUUAUUUUCAUUCAUGUAAUCUUAUCAAAUAAAGCUUUAAAAACAUAAUUGAAAAACGUACAAUAUCCUUAUUUAUUUUUUCAUAUUUGAAGAAAAGGUGCGAAUGUAAAAUUUAUGAAAAUUCAGAGAGGAUUUUUUUCCGCAAAAAUUAAUUUGGCUUAUUUCCAAAACACAAAUAUUUGAACCUUGUUUCUUCUCUGAUCUGUUGGUUCCAUUAAUGUAUACUAUCAAUUUAAAACACUCUUUUAUACAAA